AUGUGGGUGAUUGUAGACAGACUUACUAAAUCAGCCUACAUUCUUGCCAUGAGCAUGGGAGAUUUUAUAGAGUUUUUAGCUGAACUUUACAUCCGUGAGAUUAUUCGCCUCUAUGGGGUUCCAAUCUCUCUGAGGAAGGGAUUGAUGAGAUUUGGCAAGAGUGAAAAGUUAUCUCCCAAAUUUAUCGGCCCUUUUGACAUUAUUGAGCAGAUAGAAGAAGUUGCUUAUCAUCUUGCUUUACCACCUCAACUCUCUGGGGUGGAUAAUGUGUUCCAUGUAUCAAUGCUUUGCAAAUAUGAACCCGAUCCCUCUCACUUGUUAGAUUGGACAAAACUUGAAGUUGAUGAAGAUGUCUCUUAUAAGGAAAGUCCGAUCCAAAUCCUUGAUACACGGGAGCAAGUGUUAAGGGGUAAGACCAUUCCACUAGUCAAAGUAAUAUGGCGCCAUCACAGAGUGGAAGAAACAACUUGGGAGCAUGAAGUCGAAGUCCACGAGAAAUACCCAGACUUAUUUCCAAAUCUAUGA